ACAGGUCAAAUGCGACGGCAGGCCAAACGGAUGCCGCAACUGCGAGCGCCUCCAGCUCGACUGCGUGGGCGACAACGGCCAGGCCGCCGGCCGCGCCACGCCCGUGGCCCUGCGCAAGAUCCGCACCUAUCGCUCGUGUAAGAGCUGCCGCCUAUCCAAGACCAAGUGCAACGGCGACCGUCCGAAGUGCUCGCGAUGCACCGCCAAGAAGACCGAGUGCGUCUACGACGGCGGAUCGGCCCCGCGGUGGGCGCGCAACCUCGACCGCACCUCCAGGACGGCGUCGACCGACAGCAGCGGCCGCAGCAAGUCGCGCGAGCUGGCCAUGGCCGUGCUCGAGGCCGGCGACGACGUCGACGAACAUGUCCGCCAGAAGCAGCAGCAGCUCGACACGCCGCUGACCAGCCUUGGCUCGCAGACGACAGACGACACGCCGGGGCCAAAGGGCUUCGGCAGCACCCGCAGCGUUGCGUCCAUCGAGCCGUCGGGCUCGGAUAUUCUGUCGUGGCUCGUCUCGCCAAGUCUUCCCACCGGCCGCAACCUGCGCCGCGUCGUGGAGCAGUACUUCGCCAAUGUCCAUCCCAUCCGGUGCUUCGCCUUUGUCCACAAGCCCUCCUUUAUGCGGCAGCUUGACAAGGGCUUUACCACCGAUGAUGAGUCGGCGCUGCUGCACAUUAUCUGUGCUCACGGAGCCAAGUUCUACGUUCUGAAUCAGAACGAGCACACUCCUGCGUCUGGAUUCAUCCGCCUCGCCGGCAAUGAGUGGGCCAAGAGGGCCGAGCUGCUCAUCCUGACCAACUUUGGCAAGAUCUCCGUUCAAAGACUCAUGGUUGCUAUACUACUUCAUGACUUCUACUUCCGGCUAGGGGAGUAUUCUCGCGCUUUGAUGCUCAGCGGCCUCGCUGUUCGCAUGGCUCAUGCGCUCAAGAUCAAUGUCGAAGCAUCGCCCGAUAUCCUCUGCACCGAAUCCAACGAGUCUGCCCCGUCCGUCGUCACCCGGGAGAGUCGCCGGAGGCUCAUGUGGGCGUGUUAUGUCCUCGAUGCGUGGGCUGGCAGUGGCAUCGAUCAGUUGACUCUCUUGCGUGAGAAUGACAUCAAGAUUCAGCUGCCCUGCAACGAGAGGAACUUUGGCCUGCGGAUAGCAUCAGUAACGGAAACCCUCGGCGUGGGCCAUGUCUUGCAGUUCUUACCGCCCUCCGUGGUGCCCAGAAAGCCAUCGGCGAACAUGGGUAUCAUGGCAUACUACAUUCGAGUGGUGGCCCUCUGGAAGCGGAUUGUGAGAUAUGUUAAUCAGUUAGAUUCCAGCCCGCCCCCCUGGCUACCAGAUUCGCCGUUUGCUGCUCUCGACGCCGAUCUCCGUCUGUGGCAGAGAGAACUCCCGGAAUUCGUCGAAUACUCCAUGGAAACCAUUUACGCGCGACUGGACUCCAAUCAACUGGGGGCAUUGGUCUUGAUACACUGCACCUAUCACCACAACUACCUGGAGCUCUACAAGCUAUCCAUGCCAGAUCUGUUCAAGCUUCCGAAGCCUCUAUCCGUCCCGCCGGAGCACCACGACUUUCUUCAGUCCGCACAGGCCAACUGCUAUCAUCAUGCCCAGCAGAUAGCCGAUAUCCUGGCCGAGGCGGCCGACCAUGGAGCCCAUCUGCUAUCGGACAGCUUACUCCCCUAUUUCGUCUACGACAGCAGCAGAGUAAUGCUGUACUAUGUAGCGCGUUUGCUCGACCCAAACAGACCGGAUGCCCUGUCAAAGCUGGAUGAUGCCAUCAACGCUGUAGAGAGCAAUCGCCGGGUCCUCCGGAUGAUGUCGGCCCUGUUCCCGAUCGCGCAAUCCCUCUCCAAUACGAUUGAUAGAUGGCUUACCAAGAUCCGGCAAACCUCAAAUCGAGAUGAUGUCUUGAGCAGGGUGCUCUCUGAAGCCCGGUCUGAAACCAAUGAUGUCGAACAAUCUAAUCCUCCGUCUGUUAGUCCCGUCCAGGGCACGCCAGACUUCGUGCUUCCGUCGAUUUCCCUUCACUCGCUCGCGCGGACAGGCAUCGCAACGAGGCGGGCCGCUGAUCGGGCGAGCGGCGUCCGCGGGCUAAGCUGGUCUGCCGAAAGCCCGGGCGCCGGCGCAUGGGAUCGCAACAACGCAGCACAGCAGCUGGUUGGCCUGAGUCAAGAUGGCUUGGCCUCGUCGCGAUCUGGCCUUCAGCACGAACAGCCCGUGCCCACGGCCCUCCCGCAACCGCCCCCCGUCAACCAAUGGGGCGGCCCGAUUCAGCCGAUGUGUGAGGCGCUGGAUCUGGAUGAUCUGCAAAACUUUCUAUCGUGGGAUAUGUACGGGAUCAUGGACAUGGGCGAUCCUGUCCCGGACGACGGUGCGGAUGACAUGGCGAUGCGGUCGUGGUCUGGGUCCAGUGAUGCGAUAUGAGGGCAUCGCGACG